AUGGAAGCGGAUAAGACAGUAACUUAUCCGCUGACGGUAUCGAUGAAAUCGUUAGAGCCUUACACAGAGCUUGCCGAGAUGCCCCGGUGCCAUUAUGAGGUGGUCGAUCCGAUCAGUAUGGAGCCGUUGUCGGUUGUUUCGGUUGGUAGCAAAUUGCUCCACAAGUGGAAAUGUGACUCGGCCGCAACAAGUUUAUGGUGUAUGACAGUGCAUUCAUGCUUCGUUGAAGAUGGAUCCGGAACGCAAUUUGUCAUUCUCAACGAAGAAGGUUGUGCAAUCGAUCGGUAUCUCCUGGAUAACCUGGAAUACGGGCCCGGUGAGUUGGAGGCGCAGAAGGAAGCACACGCGUUCAAAUUUGCUGAUAAAGUGGUCGUGAACUUCCAGUGCUCCAUUAGAUUAGAUAUUCGAGAUGGCGAGUGUCCGGUUUGA